AUGUCUAGAGGUACUGUAUAUGCUAAUUCUUAUCCAAGAGCUGUUGUUGUCCAGGCUUUAAUCAAUCAUUAUGAUUUGCCUUUUGACAUUGUUGAAUCAACAAACAACAGUACUUUUGAAGCAGAAUUCCCCAUGCAAAAAGUUCAUACUCUAGUCACUUCCGAAGGUGUCAAAUUGCAAGAAGUUAUUCCAUUGAACGAAUAUGUUGCAAAACAUAUCACUGAUAUAAAAGAAAAGACUCAAUUGUUAUCUUUGGGUGAUGAUUUGUCCAUUGCCUUACAGGGAAAAUUUGCCUCUUUAUCAAAUACCGAUUUUUUUAUAAAUGUUUGUUACAUUUUCUUAGCUUCUUUGGGAAUAAUUAAAAAACAUUCUGAGAUGAUGGAAAGAUCUUGGAAUGAAAUUAACCACGCCGCAAUCGUGUUCAACGAAAGAUUGUCUAAGCAUAAAUAUUUGGUAGCUGAAGACCACGUAACUUUAGCAGAUUUAUUAUCUGCUGCACAAUUUGCAUUUGCAUUUCAACAUGCUUUAGGUAAAGAAUGGAGAAGACAAUAUCCAGGUAUUGAAGCUUGGUUACUAAGAGUAUUGGAAUCUCCAAUUUUGAAAGGUACUCAUGUAGAUUUUAAAAUGGCAGAAAAGAAUUGUGAUGCCAAAUAA